AUGACAGACUUCAAGGAUGAAGGUAUUACAACGGUGAACGCGUUCGACGAUAGUAAAGCAAGCAAUGGAAGCAUUGAGGAAAACUCCCAGUCUAAGUCUGGUGGGCCCGCGAAAGCCCAAGUCAACAUUCUCGAAAGAUACAUCAAUCCUGCCGCAAUCAUCAACUUUGGCUUCACACUUCAAGCAGCUUGGGAAGCGUCUGGAUCCUCAAUUCAAUUUAGUCUGCUCAAUGGCGGACCGGCGUCCCUCGUUUGGGGUAGUUUGCUUGCUGGAGUUGGAUCGACCGCUAUAGCAAUAUCGUUGGCUGAAAUGGCCUCAUUAGAUCCUGUCGUUGGAGCGCAAUAUAGAUGGUCUGCAGCUUUCGCGCCAUCGAAUAAUGCAUUUUGGGGUCUCUUCCAAGGUUGGAUUACGGUAUGGGCUUGGAUUACAGCAACCGCAGCUUCUCCAGCUUAUCUCUCCAACAUCGUAACUGGCCUUGCAAUCUUCAAUUACCCCACCUACGAACCUCAACGAUGGCACGGAACGCUCAUGAUGUGGGGAUUCGUGAUUAUACCAGUUGUCUGGAAUUUCUGGUUCCGUCGCAUGUUGAAUACACUUGAAAUGAUUGGAGGAAUCUGCCAUGUUGUAUUCUUUAUUGUGUCUGUCACCACUUUAGUGGUACUUGCUGAGCGCAGUUCUCCUAGUUUUGUUUUCAACACGAUCUGGAAUGAAUUCAGUGGUUGGACAAAUCCAGGCGUCGCAUUCAGUCUGGGCAUAAUAACAGUAACAUUUCCUAUCACAGCCUUUGACGGUGUAUUGCAUAUGAGCGAUGAGGUCAAAGGAGCGCGUACCCAGGUACCUCACAGUAUGAUCUUAGCUGUCAGUCUGAACAGCAUUAUGCAAUUCGCCUUUAUGGUUACGCUCAUGUUCUGCAUCGGAGACGUCGAUCAGGUCGUAAACACGCCAACAUUACUUCCCAUCAUCGAAAUCUACUACCAAGCCACAAAAUCCAAAGCUGCUACGAAUCUUCUUGUUGCGAUGAUUGCGCUGAUUCUUUUCAUCUCGCUAUUCAACAUUUUCGCAUCGGUGUCCAGACUAGCUUGGGCGUUUGCUCGCGAUAACGGUUUACCAUUCUCGAAAACGUUCUCAUACGUCCACCCGACUCUCAAGAUCCCUAUCAAUGCGUUGCUAUUGGUAGGCGGAGUCUGCUGUUUGUUGUCACUUAUCAAUAUCGGUUCAUCGACCGCGUUUAACGCGCUGAUCUCUCUACCUACGAUUGCGCUUUACGUUUCGUACUUCAUUCCGAUCUUGUUUCUCACAAUCAGGAAACUGCAAAAUCGACACCCAGUAUACGGACCAUUUAAGCUCGGUCGAUGGGGUUUACCGAUCAACCUCUUCUCCAUGGCUUACAUCCUUUACAUCGUAACAUUCUUACCCUUCCCAAGUUUCAAGUCAGUAACUGCGGUUAACAUGAAUUACGCGGGUCCGAUUAUGGGUGCGAUUAUCUUAAUUGCGAUAGGUGAUUGGUUUAUCACUGGAAAGAGACGCUUCCAUGUGCCAACUUCAAGAGUGGCAAUGGCAGACGAGUAA